AUGAAUUUAAGUCAGAAUGAAAUAACUCUUGAACCACAUCCUUGCAAUUGUAAGUCUCCAAUAGAUCGACUAGCGCAAGAAAAUCACACCCUUAAACUAAAAAUUAUUGGUUUAGAAUCUCAAAUCAAUACAUUACAAACAAAAAUUUCUUCAGAACAACAAAUUGCCGAAACAUCUUACAAACAACAAAUUUCUGAUUUAGAACAUCGUCUUCAAAUUGCAAAUACUCAAAUUUCUUUGUUAAAUGAUCAAAUCAAAAAUAAUCAAUCAACUAUUUCUCAAUCUCAAACAACGAAUAAGUUAGAACUUCAAGAUCAAUUAGAUUCUAUUAUUACCGAGAAUAAAAAUCUCGUAAAUAAAUUACAAAACUCUCAAAAGCAAAUAGACAAAGAUAAAAGCUACUAUAGCAACAAGUUAUCUUCAUUGAAUGCAGAGAUAUCUCAGAUUUACUCAUUGUUAUCCACUUAUUUUGGAUCUCAAGUUGAUUCAUUAUCAAAAUUGAACGAUUGUGUAACAGUUUCUAAAAAUCAAGCUCCAAAAGUUGAUAAUCAAAAUGAUUAUAUUGCAAAAAUCAAAGUUCUCCAAAGCAAAAACAAAAAUCUUAAGUCCGUAUUAAAAGAGCAAUUGAAAAACUAUGAAACACUACAAAAUACGUUUCAAUCCUAUCAUAAUGAAAUGGAGAAUUUCAAAAGUGCGGCGUUAAACAGGGAUUCUGAGUAUAAAUCUGAAAUUGACGACUUAAAUUCUCGAAUUGAUGUUCUUACAUCGAAAAUUACGGAAAACAAAGAAGCAGAGAUUGAAUCUCCAAAGGAAGUCCCCCAAACAAUCAUCGUUGAGCCACAACAGCCUACUUCUCCAACAAAUUCAAAUGAUAACGAACUUGAAGAGCAGCUUGUUCUAAAAAUCAAAAAAUUGAACUGUAAGAUUAUAAAGAAGAAUAAAGAAUUACAGAUUUUAUCACAAGCUCUGCGAGAAAAAGAAAUUAAACUUCAAGAUUUUGAUGUCAAAUCUGAAACAGACAGAUUAGAAAAAGAACACAUGGAAUCCAUGCUAAAUGAUACACAAAAGAAGCUCGAUGAAGCAAACACUACAAUUGAAAAUCUAAAGUCACUUAAAGAAAAUUGCGAAAUUUCUGAUAUAACAGCAAGGAAAUUGCACAGACAGAAAGUCGUUAUUGCCGAUCAGAAUGAAGAAAUUAACAGAUUAUCAAACCAAAAUACAAAACUUUUAGAUAACAUCAAAUCUUUGAACGUAACUGUACAAAGAUUAGAAACCGAACUAUCAAUUGCUAAAAACGCAAUUGAAACAGCAAAGAUCGUUCAGCUUCCACCUCCAAACGUUGAAAAAUCAAAUAAUUCUGAUACAUCUGGAAUUCAAAUUGAAUGGGAGCUUUAUGAUGGAAUACCAUUCGAACUACAGUCCAGAAUAAGAGAGAUUUCAUGCCAAGAUAGCCUUAGUUUGUCAUCAAAAAUCAAAAUGAUCAUAGAAACUCUUACAAAAUACUAUAAUUCCAAGAUUGAUACGAUGGCAACUGCCAAGCAAGAGCUUAUUCGUGCAUUAAAGCGUAUUGAAUUCGGCUUGCAGCCAUUUGUUGAAGAAAUUAUUUAUACAUUAACAGGAAGGAAGCUCAAUUUCGAUUCAAUUGUUGAAAGCCCCGAAAUUCAGAGUUCUGCAAUUAAAGUGGCAGCAUCCAAGAUGAGAUCUCCUGUUGAAAUUGAAAGUUUAAGGAAUCAAUUAAAUUCAGCUCGAACAGAAAUACAAGAGUUGAAGAAGAAAGUUGAAAAGAAGUCUAAAAGUGUGGUUUAUGACAGUGAAUCUAGUAUAGAAUCCCUAAGACUAAUGAAAGAAAACUCAGAAUUGAAGAAAUUAAUUGAAGAGCAGAGGGAAUCAGCAAAUUCUAAAAUAAGAGAUGCUAAAUUUACUAUUAUAAAUGAGUAUGAAGCAGUUAUUUCAAAGCUCAAAGAAAGAUGCGCAAAACAAAAGAAGACAAUAGAAGAUUUGAUGGAGCAGCUAUCAAAUGUUGCAAAUUAA